AUGUUCCGGCCCCUCCUGCGCAGCUGUGCGCAGCUGCGCGCCGCCCGACCCUCCCCCUCAUCUGGAUCAAGGCCGUUACAGAGCCGGCUAUUCUCUACCCCCCCGCCCCCCCGACCAGGAGCAGACCAAGUCAACGCGGCCCGCGAUCGCCUCUACGCCGAACGCAUGAGGAAGAACCGCACGCUCGUGCUCUAUGUGGUCGGAUCGCUCGCCCUAGUAUCUGGAAUCACGUAUGCCGCUGUUCCUGCCUACCGCGCAUUCUGUGCCGCCACGGGGUAUGCCGGCACACCGAUGACGGAUCCAUCGCGCUUCGAGCCCAGCAGGCUGUACGCGGACGAGCAUACCGAGGGCCGGCCUAUUACUGUGCGGUUCGAGGCUACGCACGGAGACACGCUGCCGUGGAGCUUUGAGCCGCUGCAGCGGAGCGUUACUGUCGUGCCCGGGCAGACUGCGCUGGCUUUCUACAAGGCCAAGAACAACUCGGAUAAGGACCUGAUUGGGAUUGCGACGUAUAACAUGACGCCUGAGAAGAUCGCACCGUACUUUGCCAAGGUCGAGUGCUUCUGCUUCGAGGAGCAGAAGAUCCGUGCCGGCGAGGAGGUCGACCUCCCAGUCUUCUUCUUCAUCGACCGUGACGUCGUCGACGACUCGACGUUGGACAACGUCGAUGACGUGGUCCUCUCGUACACCUUCUUCCGCGCCAAGCGCAACGACAUGGGUCACGCCGUGUUCGACGCACCCGAGGAUCUCGUGCAGAAGGCGUCUGGGUUUGCCAACUACGAGCAUGUUCCAGCCAAGUAA